AUGCCGCGAAAGUUGUUCAUUUUGCGAAAUCAAAACGUGCAAGUUGUCAAAUUGUCAUUUGGAGUUCGCAUUCGGCAGACGAGAACGCUGCAAUGAACUUUCAAAAUGCUGAUUGUGAUGAUGUGCAUUUUUAUAAUAUGUCUGGGGCCAACCCAAGUGAUCUUCUAUACACAGAUUGGCAAGAAACGGCGACAGUGAUUUUGAUGCCGAUCUUGUUGGCAUUUGGUUUAAUCACGAACUUGUGUUUCAUAUUCAUGGUGUAUCGAGUACCAGACAUGCGAAUUACCAUAAAUAUGUAUCUUGUAAGCCUUGCGGUGGCCGAUACCUCAUUUUUGAUCACGAGCAUCAGCGAUAAGCUAGUUCGUCAUGCCAUCUCUCCAUUAUAUGGGGAUGUCGGAGAUCGUGGCACUGCAGGUUGCAUACUAACAUCAUUCUUCAUCAAUACGGCACUAAUGGCGUCCGAACUGCAUAUACUGAUAUUAGCUGUUGAGAGAUAUUACAGUGUCUGUCGGCCACUAAAAGCACACAUCAAUCCACGGAAGCGAGCACUUCGUCUUCUGACUGCUAUCUGGUUGGUUUCUGCGAUACUUUCCAUUAGCUUUUCACCUGCAUUUGCCAAUUUCAGGCUUUACUGCCUAGUUCAUUGGGACAGUAAGUAUGUAGAUCCCCCCGAGACAUACGGAAUCUGUCUCUCUGUUGGAUACACAGACGAGACAAGUGAUAUUGACAGUGCGAUUGUUUACUUUCAAAUUACGCAAACGUUUGCAUUUUUUGCAUCAGUAAUAGUAAGUAACGUUUUAUACGUACUAGUUUUACGGCAGUUGCGUAGGGUUAACGCGUCUUUAGAAAAUCGUGGGAUGGCGCAGACGACACAAUUCCGAAACGGACAAAUAAGACAACACUUCAAUCGCAUGCUUUGCUUAAAUGGUUUGGUUUACCUCGCCCUCUUGGCACCAUUCAACAUUUACUCUUUAUUUUACUUUGUAUCAUAUAUAAAUGACCAUAAAAAACUUGUGGAACCACACGUAACUGCCAUACUGGACACUGCGUUUCGUCUUCUAGGAUAUGUAAAUUCUUGCAUCAAUCCACUAGUCUACGGCGCUUCCAACCCAAGGUAUCGAAAAGCCUUUGUAGUUGCGUUCUCGUCUAAGAGAUUGCCUGAAUGCGAAAGUAAAAAAAAUGGACAAAGUAGGCAAAGACGGCCAACGACUGGCAAAACAAACAAUCCCACCAUAGAAAAUCUCACUACCUACAACACGUAAUAAUGAAAGUGAUAAAGUAAGCCUAUUUCAGAGGUCUGAUGGUCUAGUUUUUUGGAAGACAGUUCAUACUGUGUUUUGGAUCAUUUUACAUACACGGACACAAGGGGGAGAGUAGGCCUAACGGCUAUUUUUUUUUCUAUUUACGAAAGGACUUGAGUUUUUAGAUAUCAGCAAAUAUUAAUAAAUAAUAAUAAUAAUUCUGGAUUUAUAUAGCGCCUCAGGUUGACACAACCUCGAGGCGCUUAACAACAACAGAGAAGAAAAACCAAAACAAAUGCAAAUGUACCAAAAAAAAAAAUAUUAUCAAAUAUUUGGUUUUAGUUAAGUUUAAUUAAGUUCAAAUUAAGUUUUCUUCACUUA